AUGUCAGCCCGUGCCGUCGACGAUGAGCACCGAGUCGACGAGCACGUAGUCGGCGGCACACCGACUGUCGGUCACGCGUCAACCAUCCAUCUCACGCAGGGCAAGCUGGCCCUCACGCGGUAUUUUGAAGCUGCAGCAGCAGCAGCAGCAGUCCCAGCCCUCGUGGUGAGGUCAACCGCACGACGGCAGGCCACGAGUUUGCGUCGUCGUCGUCCCGACCGAUUCGCCGUCCCACGAGGGAGCGCUCGCUUCGACGCCUUCACCACGGCAUACGCCACGGCAGCACCCGCCGCCGCCCUCACCGCCAUGGCCUGGCGCUGCUCGGCAUCGUCCAACGCGGCGCUCGUCGACAACAUGUGGCGAAAUGGUCUCAUCUCCGACCCGGCCGCCAGGACGGCCUUUCAGGGCGUCGACCGCGCACACUACGCCCCCGUGCUGCCGUACGACGACUCGCCCCAGGCCAUCGGGUACGGCGCCACCAUAUCGGCGCCGCACAUGCACGCUUCGGCCGUCGAGCACGUUCUUCCCUACCUCCUUGCCUCGUCCUCGUCCGGCACCGACGCCCCGAGGAUCCUCGACAUCGGUUCCGGCUCCGGCUACCUCACCCAUGUCCUGGCCGCCCUGGCCGGUGACCGCGGCCUCGUCGUGGGCCUCGAGCACAUUCCCGAGCUCAGAGAUAUGGGGGAGCGGAACAUGGCCAAGAGCGAGGCGGGCAGGAAGCUGCUCGACACCGGACGGGCUCGCUUCCGGCUCGGCGACGGGAGGCGCGGCUGGGUCGAGGAGAAUGCCGGCCCCGGUUGGCACGUCAUCCACGUCGGCGCCGCCGCGAAGGAGGUGCACCCGCAGCUUCUGGACCAGCUCAGCGCACCCGGAUGCAUAUUCAUCCCCGUCAGCGAAGAUGGCUACGGUGACGCCCAGUACGUUUGGCUCAUCACCAAGGACAAGGACGGCAACGUCAGCAAGAAUCGCCUCUUCGGGGUGCGGUAUGUGCCCUUGACCGAUGCCCCUACCCGCCUCGGCUCCGGGCCCAGGUGA